UAUAGAGGAGCCAUCUAGGCUCUCCUCCGGGGUUUCCUCCAUCUCGAAGGUUGUUGACACAGGCAGGGCUUAUGAAUUGAUAGAUUACAGGCCCAUCUGGGUUUUGACCAUGAAUUCAUAGAAAUGGCCGCUCCCUCUAGCGGUUCCCAGAUAUUCCGUUGUCGAAGUUUGUCGGGAUCGCUCAUCAAGAAGGGGAGGCGUCUCGAAUGUGGGGAAGGGCGUGCAGGGGGAAAUCCUGAAUUGGAGGGCCUUCGAUUCGUUUUAGAGAUUUGGCAGAAGUCGCGCCGGAAUUGGGAGGGGGUGCAGGCCAAAUUCUGUUCGUAUGCAGACACAUCAUGCAAAUUCACCAGGACGUGGAGUCGCUGUCAUGGCGUCGAGAGAGGUGUUGCGGAUUUGUAGGCGUUGCUGGGCUGGGCACGUAUCCAGAGGCUAUCCUAGGCGAUCACGGUCACGGCCACGGUCUCGGUCUCGGUCGCGGUCCCCACGCGGCCGGGUUGUCAAUUUUGGUGGCGUUCUCGGGGAUUCGCGCCAGAGAUCAGAUCAAAUCGGAUCAAAUCAGCUCACUUGCGGGCCACUUCACUUCACCGGGCCACUCUUCCUUUUUUCUUCUUCCAGAACUCCUUCCACGUCUCUUCCACUGGGAGAAAACAAUCGAAACGAGCCUCUGCGACUGCAUCUUCAUCCAAUUCGGCAUCAUCAUUGCGGAUUGGUUCAUUACUGCUUGAAUCUUCACCUCUUCCGAAAUGAAUACUGUCAAAUCGUUCUGGUAUGAACAUCAAUGGCCGGCAGACGGGGAAAAGUCUUGAUAUUGACAAGAUUACAGGGUAGGAUGGGGCUCGCUAUGUGUUGCUGAGCAGAGACGAAGACGAAUCCAGGAAUCGCUCGA